UCUAGAGGAUUAUUCAAAAGUAUGUAUGUUUUUGAUUCAUUAACGGACCUAACAAUAAGUUUUUUAUUUUGUGGAAAUGGACCUAAAAGUUAUCCACUUCAAAUAUGGUAUAUUUUAUUCAUCUUUACAUAUUUUUAUUUUUCCCAUGGCCAUUCCUAUUUUAGCCUCAAUAGUCCAAAUUUGUUUAUUACUUAUUUGCUUUUUAUCUGCUAAUAAAAUUAUGUGGAAGCUAUUAUUACAACUUUUAAACCAGUGCAGAUAG